GGAAGCUCCCGCGGCCGGGCACAGACGUGUCGCUGCCAUGGCGGAUCCCGGGCGGCUGGAGCGGCUGGAGCGGCGCGUGCGGGAGCUGGAGGAGGAGCUGGCCCGGGAGAAGCGCGGGCGGGGCGCGGCGCGGGCCCGCAUCGACACCAUGAGCCCCGAGGUGACCGACUCCAACCCCUACAGUCGUUUGAUGGCAUUAAAAAGAAUGGGAAUUGUCAAAGACUACGAGAAAAUCCGUACCUUUACAGUUGCAGUAGUAGGUGUAGGUGGCGUUGGCAGUGUGACUGCUGAAAUGCUGACAAGGUGUGGCAUUGGUAAGCUGCUUCUGUUUGAUUAUGACAAAGUGGAACUGGCAAACAUGAACAGACUCUUCUUCCAACCUCAUCAAGCUGGAUUAAGUAAAGUGCAAGCAGCAGAACAUACUUUGAGGAAUAUUAAUCCUGAUGUUCAGUUUGAAGUACAUAACUACAACAUCACAACACUGGACAACUUUGAACACUUCAUGGGUAGAAUAAGUAACGGUGCACUGGAGGAGGGGAAGCCUGUGGAUCUGGUUCUAAGCUGCGUGGACAACUUUGAGGCUCGCAUGGCAAUUAACACGGCCUGCAAUGAACUUGGACAAAUCUGGAUGGAAUCUGGAGUGAGUGAAAAUGCAGUGUCAGGACACAUACAGCUGAUCAUACCCGGUGAAUCUGCUUGUUUUGCGUGUGCUCCUCCACUUGUAGUAGCGGCAAAUAUUGAUGAGAAGACAUUGAAACGAGAAGGAGUUUGUGCAGCCAGUCUUCCUACAACCAUGGGUGUUGUGGCAGGAAUGCUUGUACAGAAUGUUCUCAAAUACCUGUUAAACUUUGGUACUGUGAGUUAUUAUCUUGGUUACAACGCGAUGCAGGAUUUCUUCCCAACUAUGUCUAUGAAGCCAAACCCCCAAUGUAGUGACCACAAUUGCAGAAAACAGCAAGAAAAUUAUAAGAAAAAAGAAGCUGCAAGACCAAAAGAAGAAGUAAUUGAAAAGGAAGAAGAAAUAGUACACGAAGACAAUGACUGGGGCAUCGAAUUAGUAUCAGAAAUUUCAGAAGAUGAGCUGAAGGCUGCAUCUGGCCCUGUACCUGAUCUUCCUGAGGGAAUUAGUGUAGCAUAUACUAUCCCAGACAAGGAAGAGAAUUUAAUGACUGGGGAGACAGUAGCAGAGUCUGAAGAAAGCCUAGAAGAACUCAUGGCCAAAAUGAGAAACAUAUAGAUAAACAAAUAUUAAGUACAACUUUCAUGAGUUUGGAUGGACGUUGGAUUUUGAGAAGACCAGAUUUCAUAUUUUUCUUUUUUUUACCUCCAUUGAAGCUUACCUUUACUUUUCUGAUGAAACAGAUCUGUUACAGGGGCAGGAAGGACACAGAUUUACAUUGUUUGUUUAUAUUCUGUUUUCUCAUCAUGUCUUUAUUAACAUAUAGAGCUGUGCUACUGUAAAUUUGAGUGACUCAGCAUUAAGUGACCAGAUGCUAAGUGUAAAAUAAAAAAGGACAUGCAUAAACUGAAAAAGCAGGCACAGCACGUUAUAUGCCCUAUCACAUGAUGAGAAUAGAACAUAGAACAGGACAAGGGAAAGAUGAAAUCUGCUGGAGUGGACUGAGUAGGUGAAGGGCAGAUAGUGCCUCUCUCAUGUUGCUGCUCCUGAUUAUCCAGGCACUUGUACUUGGUUGUUGCUCACUGGUCCAAAGUCUUGGCAUGGAUCAUGCUGUGGCUACUUUUUUUGAGUAAUGAGAACAUCUAAGCCUUUUCAUCUGCCUUAAAUAUCCCUGGGAUGGAAUUUUCUUUAUCAGUGUCUUACUACUGCUUGUCCUUAAACAGCUGCCUAUGUUUUGUGUGUGAUAAUGUUUUGAGUAUACUGUAAGAAGGUGAAGUCUUUUGUUAGUAUUACAUUAGCAGACUGCAUAUCAGCAUGCCACUGUUUUUCCUGGCAGAUGCUUUUCAUGACAAAAUUAUGAGCAACACUGGAAAGAACCAGAGAUUUUAUCUACCUUUUCAAACAUCUAAAUAUUUUAUUUUUGUUGGUUACUGAAAGUUUAGCUAUAAUUCUGAUCACUCCCCAUCACACGGGCUAUAUUAAGGAAUAUAGUCUGAGUUUGCAUAGAAAGUCUUCUAAAAUUAGAUGCUAUAAAUUUUGAGUUUUGCAAAUAUCUUCAUUGGAGUAGCUCACCUGUUGUAUUUGUCUUGUAAAUGACAUUAGUACAGUCAUACAACCUUUUAAAUGGCCACGUGUUAAACUGACCUGUAAAUAUUUGCAUCCUGGAGUGCCAGUACCCUGCAGAACUGGAAGGAUCAGUUUCAAGUAUUUUAACUACUGUGGAUAUUAGAUCCAGAACUUGCUAAUUAUUUCAGCCUCGGCAGUAUAAAACAAAUAUUUCCACAGUGUGCUGCAGCCAACACAGCUGUUAAUGGCAGUAGUAGUAUCCCACUUAUGUGGAAAGAGAGAGCAAUAUCAUGGUGGUGCCUCUCUUUCUUAGGGCAGCUGAAUGAAUACCUAUUCAUUAUACUAACAACUAGUUUAAAAAAUGUUUCAUUUCUAAGUAAUGAUUACAAACUUCAAAAUCAGUUUCCUCCGCAGCUGACAUCAGAUUAAAUUAUACACAGAAAUCAUCUCUGCAACCAGUGAGGGAGAUUUUGGGUGCGUUUUGAGAGUGGGGCAUUAUACUGUAAAAUUGAAGUGGUUUUUUUGGAUUGAGUUCUAUAUUAGAAAAACAAGGUUUUAGAAAUGAACUGUAAAGAAAGAUUGGAAAUAGAAUAAUGAGACCAUUAAAAAGGUAGAUACUUUAAUCUGUGUCACUAAGUCUACGUUAGCUUGACACGGUGUCAAUUUACGUGUUACUUACAUUUCUCUGUGACUUUCACCUUUCUGUUGGGAACAAUAAAAGCCAGGCACACAGCUGGCUCUGGAGAUUUUGAGGCAAAUGGCUGACUCAUUUCUACAACAGCUCAGAUCAUCCUGACUCUGAACUAUUUGGCUGACAUGACUGCUAUCACAGGAUUGACAGCUAUACGAGAAAAGGACACUUUUAUGAGGGAAUUAAUACAUUUUUGUAUGCCAUGUUAGAGAGUACCCGAAAUGGUUCUCAUGUUACUUUUAGACUUUCAACUUGUAUAUACAAGAAGAAUUUGAAAUAAUCAGAAAAUAAAUUAAAGAUGAUUGUA